AUGUCAGUCAGGUGUGUUGGAUACUGCUAUUCUGCUGUUCAACCUGUUCACUCUGCUUGCAAAUUGGAGAUAAUAAAGACACUUGAGGACUAUGAAUACAUAAAGGAAGGAGAUAUCAUAAUUGGAGGAGUUGUAACUGUAAAUGCAUUAGCACAUCAUUUUGAUUAUAAAAAAACUGGCAAACACCUAUUGUGUUACAAGCCUAGUCCCCAAAAUUACAAAUAUCUAUUGGAAUUUAUUUAUUUGAUCAGUGAAUUCAACAACAAUCUUUACUUCUCCCAAAACCUGACGCUGGGAUACCACAUAUAUGAUUCCUGUGGAGAUGUAUUUAAGGCACAGAGGAGCAUAUUACAGAUAUUAUCUGGACUUAAAGACCCAAUUCCCAAUUACUCCUGUGUAGGAAAGAGAAAUAUUGUUGGAUUUAUUGGGGAUCUCACCUCAGAAACAACUAUUCCCAUUGCUCAUAUACUCAGUGUCCUUGGCUAUUCCCAGAUCAGUUAUGGAGCCACAGACCCUUUCCUCAGCGACAGAGCCACCUUCCCUUACUUUUUUCGGACAGUACAAAGUAAGAAAGGGCAAUAUUUUGCUUUAACUCAACUACUGAAAUAUUUUGGAUGGACCUGGGUUGGAAUUAUUACAACUAAUGAUAUAAAUGGAGACAGAGCUCAUCAGUUGCUAACUACCUACCUUUCCAUGGAAGGCAUCUGCAUUGAAUUCACAAUAAAGAUCACAAAUGCAGAUAUCUAUACUCAAACUAGAGUGUAUAAGGAAAUCAUCCAACAAACCUCAACCAGCGUGGUUAUCUUUUGUGGGACAGUUAAUUUGGAAACAGCAGAAAAACUACAGAAACUCUCAGAUAUAUUCAGUGAAAAGACUUUUAUCUUUACAUCUGACUUAAUGUAUUAUAGCUAUCUAAUAUAUUAUGCACUUGGAUUAUUUAAUGGAAGUGUGAUUAUUUCACAGAAUAUCGCAUAUUUUAAUGAAGAUAAUCUUCGGCUCAGACAGUUCCUAGACAGUGUCCAUCCAUCGAAGCAACCAGACGACAAGUUGCUGGAGGCUAUUUGGAUGAAGCACCAUGCAUGUAUUCCAGAAAAUACGAGUGUGUCGUUUGUACAUGAAUUAAUUUAUUCACAACAUCUCCGGAUCUGUACUGGAGUGGAACGACUAACUGAUAUUGAAACAUUUAUUGAUUUAUUCUAUACUAGGAACAUGGUUAUUGCUGUCCAUACUCUGAUAUUAGUGAGUAGCCAGAUGCAUUACCUUCAAAACAAACUUAAUAAACACAGUUCUGUGAUUAAUUUUAAGCAUCAGUUUUACCACCUUUUGAAGAAACUGCAGUAUCCAUUUGAGGGGCAGUUUCUCAAGUCUUUUAAUGAAAAUGGGGAGUUGGUUUCUCCCUAUCAUAUAACCUAUUUAUAUUUUACAUCAACUCAAUACAUAAAUGAGACAAAGAUCGGAAUGUACACUCCCUGGGCUCCAUCAGAUCAGAAGCUAAGUAUCACAUGGGAUGCAAUAAAAUGGAAAAUGAACAAGAUCCCAAGAGCUCAAUGUUCAGACAACUGUCUCCCUGGCUUCAGGAAAGCAGUAAGGCCUGGAGCCCCGUCCUGCUGUUAUGAUUGUAUCCAGUGCUCCUCAGGAGAGAUCUCCAAUGUAACUGAUAGUGAAAACUGCUUCAGAUGUCCUGACAUAGAAUGGCCCAAUAAUAACAGGAAUUUAUGUGUUGUAAAAGGUGCAGACUUUCUUUCAUACACAAGUGAUGUGAUUUCUGGGUUUUUUUCAUCAGUUUCUGUUUUCCUUUUUGUUUUGACUCUUCUGAUAUUGGGAAUAUUCAUCAUAUAUCGGGACACCCCCAUAGUGAGAGCCAACAACAGGAGCCUGAGCUUCCUCCUCCUUGUCUCCAUCAAGCUGAGCUUCCUCAGUGUGUUUCUGUUCCUCGGUCGCCCUGUGGAUAUAACCUGCAUGCUGCGUAACAUCACUUUUGGAAUCACCUUCUCCAUAGCUGUCUCUUCUCUCCUGGCCAAGACUAUCAUGGUUUGUGUUGCUUUCAAAGCCACCAAACCAGGGAGCUCAUGGAGAAAAUGGGUGGGAGUCAAACUGUCCUAUUCUGUAGUCUUGUUCUGCUCAUCCAUUCAAAUAAUAAUCUGCAUGACUUGGUUGGCCAUUUCUCCUCCCUUUCAGGAACUGGACCUUCACACUUACCCUGGAACCAUCAUCAUUCAGUGCAAUGAGGGCUCAGCUAUUGGCUUUUACUCAGUUAUUGGGUAUAUGGGGCUUCUGGCAGCUGUUAGUUUUGUUUUAGCAUUUUUAGCUCGGACAUUACCGGACAGUUUUAAUGAGGCCAAGUACAUCACUUUCAGCAUGUUGCUCUUCUGCAGUGUUUGGAUCACAAUGAUUCCGGCCUAUCUGAGCACCAAAGGCAAAACCACUGUGUGUGUGGAGAUAUUUGCCAUACUCACCUCAAGUGCUGGACUUUUAUUCUGUAUAUUUCUGCCAAAAUGUUAUAGAAUUUUAUUUAGACCUGAAAUCAACACAAAAUCUCAUUUACUUGUAAACAAAAUCUGUUAA